GAAAAAAAAAGUUCUCGUUGAACUGCACAACAAAUGACGGCGGCAACCAUCACUGCAAGGCGGACCAAGUCGCAUGCAGCUUCAAGAGCUCUUAUUCCCGAUCGGUUCGUUGAUUUUCCGGCACAACGAUUAUGGGCAGUGGCCAUUUUUGGCUUGUUGCAAUCCCUGAAAAUAGUCGAUCUCAUUCAACUCUACUGGACGUCGCAUCCGGAAAACUACGGUGGUUCGCUUUUCAAAUGGUGGUGUCUGGAUCUUCUUUAUCUCUUCACACUGUGGAUCGUGAAGAUACCUUGGCUCCAAUUCUCAAACACAAAGACACUAGUCCUUGCAUUGCUAGUGCUUCUUGUCAACCCAAUUCUUUUUGCAUUACCUUCAGCAGUUCUUAGCGGCACCAUAUUACAACUUUUGACCGGUGGUGUUAUGGGUCAACAACUUGCCGUCUCUAGAGGAACAACGGUUCGCGUAAAAGACGUUAUGCACAAUUCUAGCCAUCUUCUGGGAAGACAUACAAUCAACAUUUUGCCGUAUAGCACUGCGAAACUCAACCCUGACGAUCAGUAUUAUUGUAUACCUUCAAACGAAGUUGGAAAGCGCGAGGUCAUGCUACCUAUUAUUUUGAACAACACCAUCCCCCGCCAUGUUACGCUAUCCCGCUUCGACUUUGAGACGAAAGCGCGAACCAAUGUAGACUAUUCUCAGCGCGAUUUACGAAGAGCAACAGAGGUUAGCCAAGGACAACAGGGAUUAGAGGUCUAUUAUAUCAAGGUCAAAAAGCCAGGAGCUUAUAGACUGGACAGUGUUUCCUCCAAGGAUCAGUUAGACGUCAGAUUGCAGUCUAGUGAGGCCAUGGUUUUCACCUGCCCAGAAGCCACUUUCACGCCCAUCUCUAACGACGAGUACUGCCAAGGCAUGGAACAGCCACUGACCAUGAUUGUUUCUGGUGUACCUCCCUUAAAGGUAGAAUAUACCAGAAAAGUAGGAACAUCAGCCACCCGGCACCAAAUCGACAAUAUUCAACCUGACAACUAUAUUUCACCUCUUCGCAAGCAAGAACAUUCCUUGUAUUCAACAGAAACUAAUACCGCCAUGUCAAGCGAAGAUGAUAUGGAUUGGGCAGCUUCUCAUCAUAUAACGCUGAUGUUCAACCUUACUCUAAGCUCCCCUACCGAUUAUAGGUAUCAAAUCGACAAAGUGACAGAUGGCACAGGCAAUGUUAUAGAGUACCAAGAGCCCGUCGAGACUAAACUGGCUGUGCAUCCACCACCAUCCGUCAAGUUUGAGUGUGAUAUACAGAGACCCGCCAAACUACUUAUUGGAAGCAAAACUGCCAAUCUGCCACUUCGCUUGGAAGGAGAAGCACCAUGGAAGAUUGAAUACGAAUACAUGCAUCCUGAAUCACUUGAACUUACCCAAAAAACCGUGACUCUUGAUGUCCAAGUCAAUGCUAUUUCCGUCGCCCUUUCUGGCGACUACAAGAUAUUGAGUGUGCAGGAUCGUCAUUGCCGAGGCGACGUUAUGUACCCAUCGGUCUGCCGAGUCGUCCAGCCACCUAUGCCUGAAGUACUCUUGUCCGCAACACCAAUUCCAUCGCAGUGUACUGAUGAAAAUGAAAUUGGCAUGAAGUUUGUUUUGGAAUUCCAGGGUACACCUCCCUUCCAUUUGGGAUAUACUGUCUCCAAGCAAGAAGGGCGAAGAAAGACGGUGGUAUCUUCCAAAUUUGAGAAAAUCGAUCAAAGCAGAUAUGUUUUUGAAUAUCGUCCAAGUACAAGCGGUACCUAUAUCUAUGAUUUUGCUCGAUUGGAUGAUGCCAAUUAUAAGGAACGUGAGACCGGAAUUAAGGCUAUCAAGCAAGUAGUUCAUCCACAACCAUCGGCCAAAUUCAGCGAUCGCUUGACCCGCCAAGGAUUGAUUCGAACUUGUAUUGGCGAAGGUGUUGACUUGGAUGUUGAGCUUGGUGGUGCCGGUCCAUACACACUGUAUUGGAACGUUUUCAACGCUGGAGAACGCCAUUCAUUUGAAGAAGUGGCCAAUGAAGCACGACAUACACUCACCAUUCCACCUCUCGAUAUUGGCGGCAAAUAUGUUGUGUCUCUUGCUAAGAUUCAAGAUGCCAAUGGAUGCAGCAAGGAAUUGGAUGUUGCUGAUGUGACUAUCGAAGUUCGCCAGGACCGACCUACCGCUUCAUUCUAUACUGCCAAUGGCGAGGAUGCUCAUAUGACCAUCAUUGAAGGUCGCGAAGCUCGACUUCCUCUUCGUCUGACUGGAGAACGACCAUGGCGUGUACUGUUCCGUAAUGCUGAUAAGAACCCUGACAAGGUGUAUCAUGCUCAACUUAAUGACGCCAACGAUAUUUUGGUGGUUAGAGAACCUGGUCGUUAUGAAUUGGUCAACAUUCAGGAUGCUUAUUGCCCUGGUGACGUGAGCGCUGCUGCUAUCAACGUCGCUUACCUUGACAAACCUACUUUGAUGGUGGAUGAAAAUCAAGUUACGUACAAGAAGCAUGGAGCCUAUGAGCGCAGACCUGUAUGUGAAGGCACCGAUGAUGCCAUCAAUAUCAACUUGUCAGGCCAUAGCCCAUUCAUCGUUUCUUAUGAUAUCGCCCAUUCUGCUCACGGUCGACGUGACUACCAUGUACAGUCGUCCGAGACCAUUCAUGCUGGACUUGGACGCACACGUAUUGGAUUGAACACUUAUAAGAGUGGAGUUUGGCGAUAUGCUUUCAAUCGUCUCUCCGAUGAAGUUUACACACAGUCAGCCGUACCCAAGGCUGCUGACAACUAUGCCAUUUCCAUCGAACAAACAGUUUUGCCUAGAGCUAGUGCCAAAUUUGUGACCAAGGGCAACGCUCAAAGAGUCAUGUGUGUGGGUGAGUCCCUGGACUCCAAUGAAGCCGGAGCCUUGCCCAUGGAGUUCUCCGGCCGUCCACCCUUCUCCGCAAGCAUACGGGUUCGCCAUCAAGGAGAUCCACAUGGUAGAAUGUAUCAUGUAGAAGAUAUCCACAGCACCAAAUACGACUUGAGCUUACCCCAUGAACUGCAAGCUCCUGGAGAUUACGAAGUAGAGAUUCAAAGUGUGUCAGAUGACGCUGGCUGCCAAAGUAUUCGCCUUGGACCUGAAGCUAUGGUCAAAAUCACAGCUUUGGAUAUCGCCACGAUUAUUCCCAUCGACCCAUCCAUGGAACACUGUGUUGGCGAUCAAUUGGAGUUCACCCUGUCUGGCGUCGGGCCAUUUACGAUCAAUUACCAAUUCAAUGGCAAACACGAAAAGAUUCAAUCACCUUUCUCUCGCCUUAGCACCAUUGCUGAUAAGGCUGGAAACUUUACCAUUGUAUCGGUUGGCGAUCAACGCAACAAGUGUCGAUCAUAUCCUCGGGACUUGACCAAAAUCAUUUACGAAUUGCCUUCCACACGCGUGAGUGCUGGCAAGGAUACAUUGGAAAAUAUUCGAGAAGGAGAUUCUGGCCAAGCUGUUGUCGACCUUAUUGGAACGCCACCAUUUGACUUUGAGUGGAGACGGUAUGAGCUUGUGUGGGAUAGUAAGCAUAAGCGACACUCUAAAGGCAAGGUAUUGGAGAGUCAUAUGGUCCACGGUAUCGAAAGUCACCGUUAUUACAUCAGCACGUCGCAAGCAGGAACCAUUGAGGUUGUUUCUGUGAAAGAUCGACACUGCCAAUACCCUCGGUCACAAUAGAUUUAGCUUGCUAUCGUUUUUCAAGAACUGAGCUUUUGCUCAUUCAUAAUUCAUCUUCAAUAUGAAACAAUCCUAUUCCUUUUCUCUUUAUUUGCUUCCUACAUGUACAUAUUGUAUUCAAGGAUGAACCUUUUUUCUUUUUUUGCACUCAGUAAAAAAAACAAAAAUCUCCUUUUGCACUACAAGAUAA